CAAAGGGAACAUUGAAGAAUUGUAAAGGGAAUCCAUUGCAGGAAGCUUCUCAGAAAGGAGCAAACACGUUUAUCACAAUCCUUCAUUUACCCCUCAAAGCUCGCUUUCAAUUUCAAACCCUCGUUUUUCCCCCAAGAACCCUAUCAAUCUGGUCAGUACCCUUUUCUGCUUUUGAGCUAUUUUUUGUCUUACACGAAAUUCGAGUCAAUUCGAAGACUUUUCGUUGCUUUACCCGAGUUACAGUAGGUUUUUAAUUGAAAAACCGAGGAUUAUGGUUCUUGGGUAAUUCGAAAUAUUUGUUGACAAAUGGAGAAAUCUAAUGGUUUUUUCAUUAGAAAAAGUCCACGGCUUCGUGGGUUGUUCAAUAUUGUAUGUGCCCUAGUUCUAAUGUUUUUGUUCUAUAACCGUGAAGAUAUUGUGAGCAAUCCAAUUUUAAAAGAGUCAUCUUUAGUUCCUAGUCAGUGGCACACAAGGAGUAGUUUUGAUGGUUAUUCUUCUCAUACACGUGUGAUUCGUCGAGGGAUGUUAGGAGUAAACGGGUCUGCUGAUGCUAAUGAUUUAGCUGUAAAAAAGCCUCAGUUAUGUGCAGGAUUGUUUGAUCACGCAGGGUACAAGAGUAGUUGUGAUUUCUUGAAAGCUCACCCGGAUUGCUCGUCCGGAGGGUUCUUUGAUUACUUAAAGUUCUAUUACUGUGAUUGUAAUGGAAGUGCGUGGGCUUAUGUAGUGUUUGGUGUUUGGCUUGCUGCAUUGUUCUAUCUUUUGGGUAACACUGCAGCUGAUUACUUUUGUGGUUCCUUGGAGAAACUGGCUAGCUUGUUGAAGCUAUCGCCUACGGUUGCUGGAGUUGUUUUACUCCCGCUUGGUAAUGGCGCUCCGGAUGUAUUUGCGAGUAUUGCUGCUUUUGUAGGAAGUGGUGCUGGUGAUGUUGGGCUUAACAGUGUUCUAGGUGGGGCUGUGUUUGUUACUUGUAUUGUUGUGGGUGCUGUUUCUCUUUGUGUAGCUGAUCAGGAUGUUCAGGUUGACAGGAAAUGCUUUAUUAGGGAUAUUGUCUUCUUUAUUGUGACUUUGAUGUCGCUAUUGUUGAUCUUGAUUGUUGGUGAGGUUAGUGUUGGAGCAACCAUUGCUUUUGUAUUGAUAUAUGUUGUUUAUGCCUUUGUUGUUGCUGCCAAUGAGAUGUUGAGGAAGCAUGCAAGGAAAUUGAGAUUGGAUGUUGUUACCCCUUUGCUUCCUGUUAGAGGAAGUAUAUUUUCUGAAGGGACUCAGGAGGAUGACUCCAUUUAUAGCUCUUUGCUUGACGUUGAGACUGAAGACAGGAGCAUACAGUCACAUAGUUCCUUGCCGCAGUGGAUGUGGGCAUCAAAUGUGGCAAUAUAUUCUAAUCAAUCACUGAAGGUGCAUGAUGGGGAAAGACCUUUGUGGGGAUGGGUUGAGGAGGAUGGAGAAGUCAAAAGCCCGUCAUUUUCCUGCUCUCAGCUCUGUUCACUUCUGGAGUUGCCAUUGACCGUGCCAAGACGGUUGACAAUUCCCCUAGUCGAGGAGGAAACUUGGUCAAAGCCAUAUGCUGUAGGCAGUGCUGCUCUAGCUCCUGUUCUUCUUGCUGCUUUAUGGAAUACUCAAGACAAUGAAGGUACCCUAGGCAGAAAUGUUGCAAUAUUUUUUGGCAUUUCUAUUGGUUGCACGUUGGGUAUUCUUGCAUACAAGUAUACAAUAGCUGACCGUCCACCUCAGAGGUUUUUGCUUCCAUGGGUUUUAGCGGGUUUUAUUAUGAGUAUCGUUUGGUUUUAUAUGAUUGCGAAUGAACUGGUGGCACUGCUGGUUGGAUUAGGUGUGGUACUGGGGGUUAAUCCUUCAAUUCUUGGGCUAACUGUUUUGGCUUGGGGCAAUUCAAUGGGUGAUCUGGUCUCAAAUGUUGCUUUGGCGAUGAAUGGUGGAGAUGGUGUGCAGAUUGCUUUAUCUGGGUGCUAUGCAGGUCCCAUGUUCAAUACGCUUAUUGGGUUAGGAAUCUCAUUAUUCCUCGGUGCCUGGUCAGAGAAACCUUCUUCUUUCAUACUUCCACGGGACAAAAGUUUGUUCUUCACCAUAUGUUUCCUCAUGUCUGGUCUGCUAUGGGCCCUCUUUGUUCUUCCCAGGAAUGACAUGCGCCCUAACAAGAUGCUUGGUGUAGGCCUUAUCAUCAUCUAUUCGGUAUUUCUGUCUGUUAGGUUGAGCAGUGCGAUGGGAAUUUUUUCAUUCUUUGGUCUUAGUGGUUAGUAUGGAAAUCAUUUGGCACUGAGAAUUCAGAUUGUGCUAAUUGAUUUGGCUAGUGAGCUUCAUUUGUAUCUUGUUGGAAGCUUGGGACAAAGUUCCAUUGUAAGGAGCUUGUUAUGCCCAUCAAUGAUGUAUUCUACUGUACAAAUACUCACAAUGUAGGUGCUCUGCGACUCCUUUUCUUGAGUCUUCUGCUUUCUGUGUUGCAUAAUCUUCAUACUGUUUAUAUUUCUGCAAUAAAGUUUCUGUUUGAUUGAAUCAA